GGGCAGAGGAAACAACAGGCAUAAAGGCCUAGAGGAGAGAGAGAACCUAUCAAGUCCAAGGCUUCGGAAAAGAGAAGACAAGAGUGUGGGCUUGGUGGGCAUUGGAUGGGUGGAGCAGACAGAGAGGGUGGGAGCAAAGACCUGACUCCCCUUCAAGACUUUCUACAGCCCCCUAUACCUGGGGAAUCAUCUGAAUCGUUGGCCUGUGUGAUUUGGCCAAAUCCCUUCCCAGCUCUGGGCCUCGGCUUCCCCAUCUGUAAAAAGAUCAGGAUGGGCUCCUAUGUCCUCUCGGACUCCUCUUCCUCUUCAGCGCUGUGCUUCCUCUGAGAAACAGCGGCUCCCUGUGGAGCGGGUUUCGCUCUGGGCCUGUGUUCUGCCAGGGCCCCAGAGAACAGGCCUUUCCUCCUCCCUCUUCUCUCUGAACCUUGGGUCAACUCCAGGCCAUGUCAUUUUUUGUUCAUAGAGGAGCCCCCACCUUCAUUGCUUCCGGCUUUGUGGAAAGCCUUGACCUUGGGCCAAGGGAGAAGAGGCCAGCCCCGACACUGGGUGGGAAAAGAGGGGGUGGAAACCAGCUCCCCAGAGAAAAGUGCAGAAAAGGCCAGCAAAGGCUCCGGACCUUGGGUGCAUUGCUACAGCCUGGUGAAUUCGGGCUGAACCGAACUUAAUCCAAGGGAGUUGAUUCAAAUAGAAAUGAGGAGAGCUGGUUGUUUCUGUAACUGAGGUGCUGGGCUGAGGGGUUUGUGUGGAGAACAUCGCCAUCUAGUGGUCACUUCAGUCCUGAGCCUUGAGCCAGGCCUGGGACGCGCUGCUCAGCGCCAGGGCACCUACCCUGCAUCAGGAUCUCUCAGCCCUUCUUUCUCUCCCCACAGGUGAUGGACAGCUCAAUGCCCCUGAUUGGAGAACAUGUGGAAGAGGAUAGACAGCUGAUGGCUGACCUGGUGGUCUCCAAAAUGAGCCAACUCCUGAUGCCAGGGGCCACAGUGCCCUCUCCCCUGAGACCUUGGGCUCCACAAAUGAAGCCAGCAAAAUCUCCAGGACAAGCUCAGCUGGGACCUCAGCUGGGACAGCCCCAACCCCGCCCACCCACACAAGGAGGCCCUCGCCAAUCUGGAUCUCCACAGCAGCAGAGGUCUCCAGGUUCUCCACAGCUGUCCCGGGCAUCCAGUGGCAGCUCACCAAACCAGGUCUCCAAACCAGGCCUCACCUCUCAGCCCCGGCCCCCCAUUCAGGGCCGCAGCAGCUCCCAACAGGGCGAAGAGUUCAAGAAAUCAGCACCACCCCACCCCCAACUCAACAAAUCCCAGUCCCUGACUAACAGCCUCAGCACAACCGACACAUCCCAGCGUGGGACCCCAAGCGAAGACGAGGCCAAGGCUGAAACCAUCCGCAACCUGAGGAAGUCCUUCGCCAGCCUGUUCUCUGACUAACCUUGUCCCGACUGGGAGGGGAAGGUGUGCAUUGUUACACUCUCCCCUCUCCUGCCUCACCUUCCU